GGGCUUGCAUUUUGCAAACAUCACAAACAACCCACGCAAAAGAUUGGAGGCGUUCUAUCCACCGACCACCGGAAAAGGCUUUAACCACCGCCAAAUCUACCAAUUCUAAUCGAUACUGAGAAGAAUCGUUAGUCUCAUUUAGCGUUCGGCGACCAACAUUCCUUUUUUUGAAUCUAUCGAUCACCCAUUUAGAGGUAAAUGCUUUUUUGACUUCAUUCACCUUUUAUUUCUUUUACAGUUUAGAAUUAUUUUGUUCUUAGAUGCUAUUUUUCAAUGGAACCGUAAAACUGAUUAAGCACAAGAACAAAAUUAUGGAAUAAAUUUAUAUAUACGUAUAAAGCGAACGAUGUUCAACAUUGAGGCAAUGACACUGCAGUUCCGGUGCGUCUCAUUCACUCUCAGAACAGAACAGAUUUGAACGAACAUUUGAAGACAUGGAACAAGAUCCGCCGAAAAACAAGACAGCUGCUCCAAGGAAAUUGAAAUUUGCUCCAAAAGCACCUAUUCGUCGUAUACCAAAACCUGAAGUCAAAGCAGAAAUAGCAGAGGAUGCUGAUGCUGCUCAAGCCAGGGAUUUACUAAAACGCUUCAAUGAAAGCACCCUUAGGACAAAGCAAAAAAUUGGGAGAAAAGCGGCACCUACACAAGUUGCAUUUGGUUCUGGAGGUACUUCGAGCACCUUAAGAUCAUAUGGUGUUUCAAAAGCUGGAAAUAGACCAAGAAAUGAAGAUGGAACUCUUCCGUCUAGUACAAGCAAGGAGUAUGUAGAACCAUGGGAUUAUUACAGUUAUUAUCCUGUAACUCUUCCUUUGCGGAGACCAUAUUCAGGAAAUCCAGAUUCUCUAAACGAAGAAGAAUUUGGAGAAGCUUCAGAAAACUUCGCCUAUGAUGAAAAUACAACUACUCCAGCAAUGGAUCUUGGUUUAUUGGAGGAGAAUCCAGAAAUGGACGUCUUUUUUCUACAAUUACCACCUAUGGUGCCUAUGGUAAAGCAAUCUUCUACUGUAGAAGGGACGGGGGCAGCCAACAGCCUGGAACAAAGUAAAGGUUCACAACCUCGACAGAAAGCCUGCUUGAUGAAUGAGUUACCUUCGGGCUCCAUGGGUAAAUUGCUUGUGUAUAGGAGUGGUGCUGUCAAGUUAAAGCUUGGUGAUAUUAUAUAUGAUGUUUCUUCUGGAAUGGAUUGUGGCUUUGCACAAGAUGUUGCAGCUGUCAAUGUGGAAGGGAAGUGUUGUUGCAUCGUUGGGGAGCUUAGCAAGCGUGCCAUUUUAACACCAGAUGUGGACUCAGUGUUAAAGAAUAUUGAGGAUUUAUAAUUAUUUUCUCUGAAGGUGGAAUUUUUUCAUAGACAUCAAUGUGUAGAGAAAUUGACGAGAGUGAUUUUUUUUUUUUUUUUGUUUAAAUCAAACCUCAAGAGGAUAGAACAACAAAAGAUAACAGCAGAAAAAGAUGCACUGGUUCAUGCAAAACAGAAGAGUGACUAUUUUCUCUCUUGUUUAGCUUCGAGUGCCUAGAUUUUUAAUUAUGAACAUUUGUCAUGCGAUCAAGUAGAUCGAUUAUACUAAUUACAAUUUUGACAAGAGCAAUAAAUCUCAUUCUACCGUACCGAAA